AUUACAGAGAAUAUGAGGGGUGUGUGGCCUCCCUGACCAAAAUGGGCCGGCCCCCAAAGAAGCAUGUUACUGUAGGGGGCGGGGCUUUUGACCCGGAGAAGCUUUCAACUUGGACCUUAAAAUAGUUUUCUGCAGAUCCAUGAGACGCAGUGUCCCUCCCUGGAAAGCAUCGUCUCGUCCCUGCUUGGGACUGGUCCUUCCUGGUCCAUCUCUGCCUGGGACCAUUAGGUCUGCAUAUCACUAGCCCAUCUCUGCCUGGGACCAUUAGGUCUGCAUAUCACUAGCCCAUCUCUGCCUGGGACUAGUAUAAAAGAGCAUUACUAGUAUGACUUAUCUGCAAAUGGAUCCUACUCACUAGUAUGUGAGCAGAGCACUAUAACAUAUAUCUGCAGAUCAUCUAUGGUGUGGGAUUAGUACUACUAGUACUACUUGCCUGGGACAAUUAUACUUGCAAACUGCUUGGGGACCUGUAAUCCUGCAGUUGGUCUUUGCCUGUGACCGCUAUAUCUGCAGAUAAGUGACUUAUUAUCACAACGUGGGACCGGUAUCUCUAUAAACCACUAGUUCAGAGCCGGGCAGGAUCCAAUAAAUCAAUCUGCAAGGCAUUAGAUCACCUCUGCAUGGGACACGCAAUUCUCUAUAUUCAUCUGCAGAUCGCUGCGCGGGAGCGAGGGCUGCCUGUAUCUCCGCAGCCAGUGUUCUGAUCCAGGAUCCCAGCUGCCCAGCACAAUCAUCAUUUCUGGAAAGCACUGCAUUAUCUGUCCCUGCUGAGCUGGAAUCCGGUGAUGGGCUGAUUGCUAGCGAGCUGGGACGCUGCCCUGUGCUGGCUUCUCUGAAUCCCUCCCCCCCCGCCUUGCCUGCAUUGGGGAUGCCCUUGGGCACCUAAGGAUCUAGGGGAGACCAUGGAUAAGAUAUUAGAGGCUGUCAUGCAAUCUUCCUACCCCAUGCAUGUGAAGCAGAGCUUGGCCCGACGGGUCAUUGAAGCUUCCAAGCAGCCGGUGGACAGCGAGCAGUGCUGGUCAAUGCUGGAACUUUCCACCAAGCUGUUCUUUUUGGGGGAGUCUCAUUUCAGCAGGGAAACGGCCAGGGAAGUCCUUGAAGUCUAUGGCAGGUACCACCCGGAGGAGUUUGAAGAAUUUUUCAACGCUAGAUUUAUCCUAAGUCUUCUGCAGGAAGGUUACGGGGUGCUGGGAAAGCGGAGCACCCACAUUUUGGAUUAUGUUCAUCUUGGGCUCAAGUUUGUGUCUGACAAGCCCUCGGCUGAGGACAUCUUCAGGUUACUCAGGAUAGAAGUUCUUCGUAUGGUCUGUGAAAGGCCCGGACUGAAGCUCUGUGUUCGGAUCAGCAACCUCUUAGUAUCCUACCCACAAUGCAUCCCGGCUGGGAAACACCAAGUGCUGUUCUGCCAGCAGCUGAUCCGUUCUAUCGGGCAGUUCCAUUGUUCAUCUCAAGCAGAGGAAUACAUAGUGCAGUUUCUGGAUCAGGUCAACAGGGUCUGCGGCCUGCUGCAAAAAAUCUGGAGCUUUCAGACCUCCUUAGUGCUUCCAUGCCUAAAAGAGCUUUUUGCCAUCAUAUCUUCAACAGAUGAGUACGAAGCUCCCUCCAACUGCCUGGCCAGUGUGGUACAGUACAUCCCCCUGGAACUGAUGGAAGGGGUUGUGAAGAAUUUGGCCAAUGCAGACAGUGUCUCAGAUAUCCAGAUAAUGGCCGCCAUUAGCAGAAUGAUUGAUUGGGUCUCGUGGCCGCUGGGAAAGAAUAUCGACAAGUGGAUAAUUGCUUUACUGAAGGCUCUGGCUGCAGUGAAGAAAUUUAGUAUAUUGAUUGAAGUUUCCCUUUCCAAAAUCCAGAAGGUGUUUUCUAAGCUUGUGUACCCUGUGCUGCGGGACGGAGCUCUUUCUGUGCUCAGAUACAUGUUACUGAGUUUCCAGCACUCGCCUGAAGCUUUCCAUCUGAUUAUCCCCCACAUCCCCCAGCUCAUUCUCCAUCUCUCUAAUGAAAACUCAAACUCCGCCACCAAUUGCCUGGAGCAUAUCGCAGAGCUUAUCCAUUGUAUGAUUUUCCGCUUCUCUGGAUACCCUGACCUCUAUGAGCCCAUCAUGGAAGCAGUAAGGAAACUUCCAGUCCCCAAUGAGGAGCGAAUAAAAGUGCUCCUAGGGCAGAACGCUUGGACGGCACAGAAGAACGAGCUGGCAGCUUACUACCCCAGACUGGCAUCCAAAUCCGACACCGGCAAGAUUGGCCUCCUCAACCUGGGAAACACCUGUUACAUGAACAGCAUCCUCCAGGCCUUAUUCAUGGCGUCUGACUUCCGGCACGCGGUGCUUUCCCUGAAGGAGACCCAUUCCCAGCCGCUGAUGAUGAAGCUGCAAUGUCUGUUCGCUUUUCUGGAGCACAGUCAGCGCCCAGCUAUCUCACCGGCGAAUUUCCUGGCAUCCUUCUUGCCUCCUUGGUUUACACCGGGUGUUCAGCAGGAUUGUUCUGAGUAUCUAAAGUACCUUCUAGACCGGCUCCAUGAAGAGGAAAAAACAGGGAAGAGGAUCUCCCAAGCCCUGGCGCAAACCAACAGUAGCUCCGGUGUGAAGAAGACGAUGGCCAGUCACAGAACAUUGCUUGAGCAGAUGUUUGGUGGAAGAAUCACAACGAAAAUCCGUUGCCUGAAAUGUCACAGUGUUUCUUCUAGGGAAGAAGUCUUUACAGACUUGUCACUUGCUUUCCCCCCCACCAAUGAGGCAGCAAAGCAACUCCCACAGCCACUCUCAGCUGGGGAAAGUGGGCCACAGAAAUCAGACUUGACAUGCAAAGUCCAGGAACCUCAAGUCACCAAUUCUCCAGAGACAGUCAGACGGCAGUGGAGAACCAAUGACCCUCCUCCCGGAGAGACUUCAGAAUUCAGUAGAAACGUAGACAAGGCAGAUCCUUUCAUCUCCAGACUGGAAAGCCAAGACGAGAAUAACUGUUCUAUCGUUAGAAACAAGAACCUUCUUUCUGCGACAUUGAAAGAAGGGACUGGAGGUCAGAGGGGUUCCCUGUCUUUGUCCGAUUUAAUCAACCAUUUCUUGUGCCCAGAGAUGCUGACCGCGGACAACAAGUACCGAUGCGACACCUGCGUCUCGCUGCAGGACGCUGAGAAGGUUGUGGAGCUGACCACAGGUCCUCAGUAUCUUAUUUUGACUUUGCUGAGGUUCUCCUUUGAUCUGAAGGCCAUGAAACGAAGAAAGAUCCUUGACAAUGUGUCCAUUCCUUUGGUUCUCAAGUUACCCAUUCAGGUGGCAGGCACAGAACUCAAUGAUGCUCACUUUGGGAAGGACAGUAGAUGCAAGGCUACCAAAGAGUCUGUCACCUACGACCUCUGUUCUGUUAUAGUGCAUUCUGGGUUAUCCUCAGAAACAGGACACUACUAUUGUUAUGCUAGAGACUGCCUGGAAAAAGAUAACAGGAAACCCCCCAGUACUGGGGUUAAAAAGCUAAAUCCUGAUAAACACCUGGACUUGGAAAUUCAGUGGUAUCUCUUCAACGACACCAGAGUCUCGUUCUCUUCCUUCGAAUCGGUCAGCAACGUGACGUCUUUCUUCCCCAAAGACACUGCUUAUGUUCUUUUCUACAAGCAUAGACCUCAGCAGGCUGGGCCAUCGUCAGACCUGGAGGCUGCUGUCGCCUUGUCCCAUGGGGAGGUUUCUCUAAGCAAGGAGUUAAUGGAAGCAAUUUCUAAAGACAACAUCAAGUAUCUGCAGGAGCAAGAAAAGGAAGCUCGGAACCGAAGUGCCUACAUCUCCCCCCUCCUGAAGUCUCCCCUCUGGUGGCAAGACUAUGACAAGGACAGCGAUGAUGAUGGCUCCUCGGGGAGUUUGGGACCAGCAGGAGGGGGUUCAGGGUCUUUCCACGGGCUUGUUUUUUAGGUCUCUGGUUGCUCUGUAUCGUCUCAAUGAGUGGGACUGGUACUGCACAAGGGUAUCUGUGGAUCAGUAAUGAUCAGCCUACAACUGGUGUGUUCAGCUGUACAUACAGCAGCCCCACGUUAGGAUAUAUAUGUAUAUAUAUUGCUUUUCAGCCGCUUAGUAACAAUGCACUGAAGAAAGAUUUGUCAGGGAUACUAACUGCAUAAAGGGCUACAGUGACCAGACUGGAAUAUAUUUUGAACCUCUAAUCAAUUAAUUGUAAUUUUAGACUGAAUACCUUUAUUUUGUUUUGUUAUUUGUAGGGGUUAAAGGCAUUGCUGAGUAUAGAAACCAAUCAGUUUCUUCUUUCUCCAUUAAGCACAACGUCAGCAUUAGGAACAGUACACACUGGAGGACAUUUAUAAACACUGGGCAAAUUUGCACCCAUGGCAACCAACCAGAAGUCUGCUUUCAUUGUUAUACCAGCAGCUUACUGGAAAAA